UAGAAGACAGAAGACAGAAACAUUGGCGUUCGAUACUUCGAUGAAGAGAAAAAUGGGAGACAGCAAGGAGACGGAUUCUAAGAAACCUUCGUCAAAUUGGCCUCCCAUCAAACCCAAAAAGAAUCUUCAGAUUACCCGCUUCCGAGAUUUUGAUCUCUUCACGGUCCAGAAUUUUUUCUCCUCUGCUGAAUCGAAGGCAUUCGUUAAAGCUGCGGAGGCAAUUGGUUUUGCUCAUCAAGGGAGUUUGGGUCCAACCAAAGGUGAAGCUUAUAGAGAUAAUGAUCGAAUCUCAGUGAAUGAUCCUGUCCUUGCAGAUACAAUUUGGGACUCUGGACUUAGCAAAUUGUUUUCUGACCUAAGAAUACGAGGGAAGGUCGCCAUAGGCCUUAAUCCAAAUAUUAGAUUCUACCGGUACAAGGUUGGUCAACGUUUUGGUCGACAUAUUGAUGAAAGUGUUGAUCUUGGAGAUGGGAAACGCACUCAUUAUACUUUGCUAGUGUAUUUAAGUGGUGGACCUGGUGACCUUAAGCCAAAGUCUAAAAAUAAUUCCAGCAACCCCACAGAUUCUUCUGUUGAUCCUUUAGUUGGAGGAGAAACAGUCUUCUAUGGUUCAAGAAAUAGCAUUGUAGCCGAGGUUGAUUUUCUACCAGCUGCUUAUUUUGAAUAUGGUUACAAGCUUUUGGUGUUGAUACAAUAUCAAUUUUGAAGGUGUCUCCUACUGAAGGGAUGGCACUCCUGCAUAUUCAUGGAGAUAAAUGCUUAUUGCAUGAAGCCAGAAAUGUCACUAAGGGGGUCAAAUAUGUGUUUCGGUCAGAUGUAGUAUUUGCUUAAACACAACGGUUUCCCUUGUAACAAUUAAUCUGGUGUAUUCUUUUCUUAUAGUCUUUCUUUUGGUUAACUCACCACACACAAAAAUGUUGUAUCAUGUUGAUGUUCAAUGUUGGCAAGUCAUUAUGUAUGGAAACUUAUGGUA